UUACGUCACACGGUGGCGCGGUGUGCAUGAGUGUGUCCGCUUUAAUUUCUGUUGCUGAUAUGGAGCUGUGGGGUAAAACGCGGCAUUUUGUGGCGCUUUAAGAAAGAAAAAGUGACAUAAAAAGGGGGAAAUGUGGGUAUUAACGCCCCUGCAGCCUGAAGGUAAACCUGUUUUCUGAUUUGAACAAAGUUUAACGCUAGCUUCAAACUCAGCUAACAAGUUAAUGGCCUGGUGUGGCGAGUUUUAGCAGUCAGUGCAAGAAAUAAGGAAACAACAAAUGCUCACUGAUUCAACCCACGCCUGUCCUGUUGUAGCGUCAGUGAAGAUCAGUUGAGGUUUAGUGGGUGUGAGCAGCUAGUUGAAGAAAGUGACAAUGAUCUGUCAGCAUAUCCUGGUUCAUAAGACAGUCACAGCAUUCCUGGCCUGAUGCACCAUCUUCUAUCACCUUCAGUCUAAAACAGUUCAUUUGUGAAUGGGUCAUAGAGCUGUGACAUUUCAGAGUCCUUUUCAUCUGGUCAUGACUAGUGUCUGAGUUUUUUGUAGGUUGUCUGUUGAGGAUUAUAUGUUAGAGGGUUUAUUAACUUAUUAAACAACUACAGCUGAACAAAGUGCUGUACAUAAACAGACAAAAUAACGCAGACAUAUAAAACAAUUAAAGCAAAAGAUAAAAUAAAAGCAGAUAUUAAAAAGUAAAAUAUAGUUUCAAUGUUUUUAAAAACUAAAUUAAAAACAAUAGAAACAAAUAACUAAAAACAAACCAUAAAACACGAGAACAGGAGCCGAGUCUCAUGCAGGGUUGAAAGCCAAUGAAUAAAAAUGGGUUUUAAGACGAGUUUUAAAAUUGUCUGAUUUGGAGGGGUAGCUCAUUCCAUAAUUUUGGGGCCGCAACAGAAAAAGAUCUAUCCCCUCUGAGCUUUAGUUUGGACCUCGGUACCUCCAGGAGCAGCUGAUGAGCUGACCCUCUAUUAAAUCUCUCGUCAACCAACAGGUGAGAUUCACUAUCUCCACUCCGAUAAGGAAUAUGUGGUGGGACGCAAGAACUGUGACAUCCUCUUACCAAAUGAUCAGUCCAUCAGCAGGGCCCACGCUCACCUCACUGCUACAGACCAGGUGAGACAAACAUUGAGGAAUUUACUUAUUGUACCCUACUUAAGACAUAAUAACAGUUAACCAGGCUGGUAUGUGCAUUAUCUUACAUGCCAGGGCUGCUCAAUGUUCAUGGGAAUAUUCCUCAAAUCUCCCCAGUAUGUUGUUUUAUUAUUCACAGAGAUGAGCAGACUGAUUAAAUUUAGUUUUUUAUUAACUUACUUACUUGUCAAAUGUGUGUGUCUUCGGGAUGUACUGUACCUAUAAAAACUUCCCCCAAUGAUCAUAAAUCAUAGAAAUUUUCUGCCCCUGUUAUGGCAGGAAAUAAACUUUGAACUCUCAGUUUAACCUUUCUCCUGUGUUAGCUUUUACUACACACACACCAUGUUAGGGGUCGGUUUUGACCCGUGUCUUAAAUCAGCUGUAAAUUACACUAAAAACAAUUAUUUAUCAUCCAGUUUGGUUCUCAUCUCUAGGUUACCUUGUUAGGCUUCAUUAUCCUUGAUUAUAAUUGUUUUUGUAGUGGGUCUCUGGGCCUUUCUUUGUCCCCUCACACAGACAUCUAUACUGAGUUGAUCUAACAUGUCUGGACAUGCCCGACGUAAAUGAGAAUUUUCCUAAAUUUCAAAUGAUUGGAAGAGGAUCUGACUGUCAGUGCGGUCCCUCUCAGUGCACAUAUGAUUUCAGUUUUUGCUCUAAUUAUUAGAUAUUGAUCUAACUGGGCCAACAGCGACCCUAACGCCACAAGUGCCAUAACUUUAAUAAGAGCAUUUUAUAAUUAGUCAAUUUAAUUCUUUUAUUUUUAUUUUGUUGAAAUAGGGGUUCCUGACAAAGUCAAAAAGACUUGAUGCAAAAAAAGCUAAUUUAUGUGGUUCUUUUAAGCAUUUAAAAUCAAAAACGGGUCGGUGCAGACCCUAACACAGGAAGAGGGUUAAUAAUUUCAGUUGCUGAAAGCAUUGAAGCAGUGAUAUUUUCUAUAUAUGUUUGUCAAUGUAUUCAGUAUGUUUGAGCACUUAUCUUUUUACAGAUUCAUUCUCCAAAGUCAGAUUUGAGGUUAUGAACAUGUAACUAAAGCUGAGGAAUUUGCUCAAAGAGAAGACAUCGAGAUAACAGAGAUGCAGAUAUUAUCAUUAACUCUCCAGCAUAGAGAAAACUGCAGCAUCCAACUUUCAUAAUAUCUAACAAAGAAGACGUGUUACAUUUGUUCUUGCAGAAAAUAUUUAUCAUUAUAGUACCAUUUCUGUGCAGAAGAUGGCGCUAUUGCACCAGACCAACACAGCUGACACGCAAACCAACUUCACAACCCUGAUUUCUGAUAAAUGAUUGAUCUCUGUUUUAUAAAAAGACAAAAAUCUACAUCAUAAAGGCUGUCUGUGUAAAACAGCACACAAAAAUGAAUAUGUAAAACUAUAAUCUUCAGGUAAGUUUCCAUCACUUCCCAAUGUAACGAUCAGACAGUUAAUUCAUUGCACAGCAGAGCCUUUAUAUGCCUGUAAGUUUUCUAUUCAAUAAAUGUUCAUAAGAUUGAUAUUAUUAUGAAAACACUAUUCUCUUUCUCUUUAGUUUGUGCAUUUGGUCUAAGAAUAAACAUAAAACUACAGUUGCGCUCUGUAAGAGUGUAGAAAAACAGACAAAGCUGUAACUCUCUUCAUUCAAACAUAUUUUUUUGAUUGAUUGAAGUUUAUUUUGAAUAUGCAAACCAAAAAUAUAAAACAAAAAAAGUAAGGCGAACCAUUUAAACAUAAAACAUAGAAAUACAUAUUUGAAAAGGCGUGAGAAGAAGAAUAACUUAUGAACGCCCACCCCUUCCUUUAAAUAAUAAUUACCCACACCAAGCUUACUUGCAACUUAUAUAGAUGUACCUGAUAUUUAUAGAUAAAGAAAGUACAUUUAUGACUUUGUAUUACAAAACAAAAUCUACAUCCACUUAAUACAGCGCAUACAUAAAAACAAUAUAACAAGAAUAAAUAAUAAUAAUAAUAAAACAAACAAACAAGAAAGAAAUAAAAAAAAAGAAACAACAACCUCAUAACACUUAGAGCUACCCAACACCUUCCUCAUCCCUGUACCUCUUAAAAAUUGUCUCUUUAUACCUCAUUUUAAACGGUGUAUCCUGAAGAUCCUGCUCUUCUGAUUCGGUUAGGACAUAUUUUGGCUUCAGGCUGAGUUUCAUGGACCAUGAGUAAUUGAACAGAGACAUGUGCUCUGUGUGGGGUGGUUUGUGUGACUGGUGGACACUGUGAUGAUUUGCUCUUCUAAACUGUAUUCCCAGACUCUCAUGCUGAGAGAUACCUCCAAGUAUGGUACGUUUGUCAACAGCCAGCGUUUGACUGACAGCACGUCAGUGAACCUGAGGUCGGGGGACGAGGUGACGUUUGGGGUUUUUCACAGUAAAUUCAGGUAUGGCACUGAAGCACAAUACUCUACUUUUUACUCCAUACUUAAAAAAGGUCAUGUAACUCAUAGUUAAUGUGAAUCUCCUUCAUCCAUUCUGAUUCACCUCAGUGUGGACCAUUUUAAGCCUGUGGUGUGUUCAUCAUGUGUGAACAACGACGGCAAAGCGUCCCUGUCUCAGGUGCUGCUGACUUUGGGUGGAAAACUGGUCAACACCUGGACUCAGGACUGCACCCACCUGGCUAUGCCCACUACAAAAGUCACCAUCAAGGUCUGAACCAAGUUAUGGAUCCCUGAUUAGCACAUGUCACGUGGUUGUCUUUAAAUUAAUAAAUGUGCAUCUUGUUUUUCUUGAUUAGACGAUUUCUGCUUUGUUGUGCUGCUGCCCCAUCGUGAAACCAGAGUUCUUCUCAGAGCUCAACAGAGCUAUCCAGCAGAAAUUACCUCUCCCUAAAGCUGAGAGGUAAAACAAUCUUUCUUUAUGGACACUAAAAUCAUAGUGAACUCGAUGGAAAUUCAUCUGAACUGCAUUUUCAUCUUUCAAGUUUCAUCCCAGAGAUCGAUGAGCCCAGCUUAAACAGAGAGGAUGUUAACCUGAGAGCGAUUCCGGCUCGCAGACAGCUUUUCUCUGGAAAGACUUUCAUAUUCCUCAGUGAGAAACAGGUAUGUCUACUUCAGUCUGUCUGAAAACCUUACACAAACCUGUGUAGUCUUUAUACCAUAACAAAAAAAGGCAGCCCAGUCAUUAAAAAAAGGCAGCUGUAAUGUGAUCUUUUAUCAGCAGUCAUCCUGUCCCGACAGUCAGUAAAACACAUGUGAGGCAGAGAAAUGAGCGCUUUUUUUAGGCUGCGUAAUUGCCCCCUUGUUUUCCAGUCAUUAGAUUGAAAGAUGAUGAAAAGUCACGUGAUCUGUGAGCUUCAUGUUUAUGAGCUCAACAUCAGUUGCCAGGCAGUCUGCAGGCUGAAGAUCCUCUGGGAGGCUCACAGGUCCAGAGAAAAAACUACAGCUAAUGACUAUUUUCUUCAAGGCUGACGGUGUAAACCAUUAAAAGAACAAGAUCUUAUUGGACAUUUUAUUUAAUUUCAAAACAUGCUUGAUUUAAUGUUUCCUUUAAAUACCAAAUAAUUACAAAUUAACCAGACCCCAAAGUGUUAUUGUAACAUUUUCCAUGGAGAGGUCAGCACUUAAAGUGGAAAUGAGAUAGAGCAGACGUAUUUGUGACUUCAACUUAUUCCUCUCAAAGUAAAGCAGUUGUGCCAAAAUAUGAAGCAUCUGAACCUCGUGUUUAUGCUGUAAAGUAACACAGAUGAACCUCAUACAGCAUGUGCCUGUUAUAAAACCUCAUUAGGGGGACAGCAAAGUCAUCACAUGGUUUUCCUUUUGUGUGUUUUAAAGUUACUCUUAAACAUUAGUCCUCACUUCUAACAUUCACACAUAUUUCACACAUUUCAGACUUCCAGUUGAGCUCUUGUUAAUAAUUGAUUGUUGUCUGAAUGUCACAGUUUUUUAUGCUCAAGCCCCUGGAGGGAUUACUUAGGCUGUUUGUAUAGAUUUUAAACAAUUAUCCUUCAUUUUGAGGUCAGCAGAACACUUUACCGACUGAGAUGGGUUUUUGUCAGCUUCAUGAUCUUUGAGUACAGUCUUUAAAAAAAAAGGCAGAAAUAUGAACUGUGUUUUCAUGACACUGUGAAAGAGUGUUUCCACGCCCUGAAGAGGUACUGUAGGUGCACCUGAGUACAACAACCUUAUAGAAUAUCUGCAGGAGGAAAUGCUUUCACAGUAGCUGAAAUAUUUAUGGAUCAGUAUGGGAGACCACACUGAGUCAGACUGUAAGGGUUUUACUCACUGUGUGCUGUGCAUGAAUACUGAUAAAAAGAGAUUUGCCAAGAUCAUCAAUUUAUUUUUUCAUCCGUGAGUUAAAACAAAAAGUUGUCCUGAGGUAAAUUUUCUCCUGUUGUUACAAAAUAUGUGGAAAAAGUUUUGUUGGACAAUAAAUAAAUAUUCUUGUACAUAGUUGGUUUUGAUGCUAUAAUUCUUAUUUUGGCUACAGAGGACUGAAGUUCAACAAGUCUUACUCCAAAUUCGGGGUCCUAGCACGCGUUUUUCCAGAGACAUUUUUAUUUCAAGUGUACUCAUUUCUUCAUCUGAUUGUUAAUGCCAGCAUUUCGGAUACCUUUGAAUCUUUAUUUGAAUCUUUAUUUGAACCUUUUUCACGGAUGGAAAAAGUCAAGUGACUUCUGGAAAACAUGAACACAAGCGAAAAUUUAUUAGAUUAGACUUAGAUAAUUGAGCAGUAAUUUAUUUAACUUGCUUCUGAAACAAGGAUUUUACAGUCAGACUCUUCUGUUUUUUAACGUUAAACGUCUAUAUUGUGUGCAGAUGAAGCGCCUCAGUGCAGCAGUGAGUUAUGGAGGCGGGAAGAGUCAUCUGCUGGAGGAGGGCCAUCUGCCCCGAGACCUGCUGGAGUCUCCGCAGAACUGUGUGAUCGAGUCUACAACAGGCAACUCCCAAACUUUGCUGUCUCCCUCUGCAGCUGAGUGGGCAAAGUCUUUGAAGAACGUCGUUCAUAGGUUUGCUGAGCAUUUCUCUUUUGCUACUGAAAAGUUUUUAAUAGCCUAUUUGGCAAUUUACCCUUCAAAGUAAGGAUUUGUCAAGACUUAAAAAUCCACAUUUUUCCAUUUUCCAAUGACACAGAAAAGGCCUCAGAGUAAUCGCAGAGUCUGAAAUUGGUUUGGCUGCCAUCUAUGCUUCCUGUGACAGGUACUGCAAUCCAUCCAGUCUAAUCCCAGACUCAGGUGAGUAACCAGAGAGAAAAAAACUGAGUGCUUUCUGUAUUUUCUAAUCCUCUCUCUAGUUUUUGAUUCAAUUAUUCAUUUUUUUUAAAUCAAGAAUCCGCACCAAAAAUCAAACCAAAAAUCCCAAGUGCUUCGUUGUCACAGAGCGGGGUGGUGGAUGAAACGGUGUUACCUGCUGCAUCUCAGAACAUCACAGCUUAUGCUGCCAACACAGAGACAUCACAAAGGUACUAACAAACACCCAGAAACACGCCCUUCAUUUGUUUGAUUUAAACUUAGUACUCCACACUUUUUAUUUCAGAGCUCUUCAGUCUGAUGUGUGUACUUACAUUUAUCCACCAGGACCGAGCGUUGUGGGGAUGUCACAGGGGUGACGACCGUAGGGGAGACUCCUGAGAAAAGACAAAGCAGUCAGAUCCGAAGACCAGAACCUGUGGCACAGAAGAAGGCUGCGCAGUUUGAGGUGGAUGCCGUAACAAGCUCAUCUUUCAACACAUUAGAGAAAACCAACUCAGAGAAGAAGAAGACGCUCGAGUCCAAACCAACAGGUGGCUAAAAUUGUCCAUUAACAGAUGUGUUCGUGUCAAAGCUGUUGUAAUAUCUGCACAGGUGAUUGGAUCAUUUUAGAGCUCUUCUCUAUUUACCCACAACGUCUCCUGGAGUGUCUUCAUAUUAGUGGUUACUGGCACUCACUCCACAUUCACAGAAUACUCAGAAGUUGUCCCUCGACUCAUUUUCUUCCAGUACGUCACCAGCUGACCUGUCAGUUAAUGCCAAAAUGACCAAAAAAAGGAUGUUAAAAUAUAAAAACACACAGACAGCAGGUGUAAAGUAACACGUUCAUUGUUUAAUAGUAUUUUUUUGACUUUCAUACCUCAAAUUGAUCCAAAGGAUUUAGUUAGUUUUCCUGUGCACAUUAACCAAACAUCAUCAAAGGUAAAGUUAUUGAAUUUCCUGUAUCUAAAUUUAUAUUUGCUUUUAGCAUAACUUAUGGACUAUUGUGACAAGGUUGUUAAGAGCAUUGUUUGAAACAUACUAAGUCUGUAGCUAGACAAAAUCUAAUAUCUGGAUAAGAGAUGGUCAGAGGUUCCUGUAAGCAGAUAUAGUGACCUUUGACCUAAGCUGUCCAGCAGCUACCUCAUGUUUUCAGGUUUUAUACUUAACGAACAGAUCAGAAAAGUUCUAAUAUUCUCCCGUCAUUUGGAUUUAUUCAACAGAAAGCAUCACCUGAAGGCCUGAAAUACCCAAAUCAAAUCAAUCAUUCAUAGCUUUUUGCAGUUUCAGGUGCAGGCAGUUGUGGCGUUUGGUCCCAGUCGUCCCCUCUGAGGACCAAUGGUGGCACAAAGGCAUUCCUACAGGGGCAAUCUCCGCAGAAACAGAGAGGUGCUCCCCAAGCGUCCCCUCAGAAGCAAUCGACCCUGACCACGUUUUUUCAACCAGUCAACAAGAAAAGGUAAAUACUGUACACAGAUGGGGGACUGAUUAUACAACUGAGAGUGGAUUUUCAUGAUCUGUCAUUUGUACAGUUUUGUUUUUGACAUUUAUGUGAAACAAAAUUGUGAAAUUCUUAACAUUUUGUUUCUGAUAAGAGGCUUAUUCUUAAACUUGAGUCCCCCCACCUUCACCAAAACACCACUCUAUAGCCACAAAUAAUGCCCCCCAGCAGCCACUUGUGGGGGAGCCCUGACGAGUCGAUCACUGAGUGCAGCGGAGUUUCGCAGCUCAAGGAAGAAAAUUUAUGAUUAUUACUUCAUGGAAAUGCAAUCAGACCGAAAUGCUAAGGCAGAAGAACUACUGCGUUUGCAAUGCAAAAUGAUCAAUAUGAUGAUUAUUACUUCAAGGAAAUGUUUGAGUGUAACUAGAGAAGCAAGCAGUCGGCAAAAUUCAUCUUUCGAGGGGGGAUCUAUCUCGGUGUUACCGUGUGUUUGACCAUGACUUAAACUUAUGCCAGAAUUACCCUUUAACUCCCAAAAUACCCGCUGAAUCAAAGACAUCCUCGUUUUUAUUUUGAUCCAUACACUUGAUAGUCUAUUCUUACCUGUCUCUUGUUUCAUCAUCUCCCCGAGGCCUUUGGAGGACGAACUCUCUGCUGUUAUGUCAGAGCCCAAACGACCCCUACUGGAAUCAUCCAACAGCCUGCAAAAACCACAAUCCAGCAAAGAAACAGCCUCAGGUUCAGGUUCAGAGGGAGUCUCUGCGGCACCAUUCCAGGAGUCAGCAGCAGAUCUUUUUGUGGGUCUGCCACAGGCUGAGUCAGACAAGGUCUCCCACUCCAUCCAGGCAGAGCCCAGGAGCAGAAAGAGGAAGGAGAUGGUAGCAGAGAUACCGAUGGAUGAACUGGAGUCUAUCAUGUCUGAGGUUAUGGAUGACUUUGAUGAGCAACCCUCGGUUAACAAAGGCCAACAAGCAAUGAAGCAGAAACAAGAUUAUGACACCGUGGAGACCUCCUCAACAAGCAAGAGGCAACGGGUCCAUGUAGGAGAAAACGGGACCGACAAGAGGCCAUGGGCAGGUCUGGAAAAAGAGUCAGAUUCCCAACUUAAACCCAACAAAACAACUGAUACUAAAGCAAUCACCAUUAAGACAGAGCAGGUGAGCCCUUCUGAAUACAGAGCAUCUAACCAUGAGUCCAUUAAACCUCCAGAAGGGCCUCAGAUGAAAACUGCCUCAACAAGUAAAGAAACACAGCCGUUUAAGAAUCCGGCUUUUAUGAAGGUGAGGACUCAAAUACUCUGCUUCGCUUUUCAUUCUGAUAUCUAAUUGUUUAAAUAUUGCUGGGUUGACUCUUUGUAUUCUUUUAUGUCCUUGUAGGAUUUUGCACAACCCGAAGAAGACGCCUGGAAGCUCAAAGAAGAGAAAGAGACUCCUCUGAGACCCUCCAGGAUCAAACAGGAGGUCUGUGUAAGUUUCUCUCUUUGAGUAAACCUCAUUUUCUGUCCAUACCUGGAUCUUAUUCUGAGGUGAACUUUUCUUAAGUUAUGAAGUUAAACUGAGGUACUCCAACGAGGCUGGACAGUGUGACCGUUUCUCUCGCAUUUGGGACUAAAAAUAGAUGUGUGCGAAUUAUAGAACGUAUUUAGGGGCACAUGUGAGCAUACAAAAAAUCAGCCGAGGCAACACUUUUUUUUCAUGUAAAUACUGCAGAGAAGUUAGUUUUAGGUUGGAUAUUUGACAGACAUUCACUGAGGAUCUACUGGUGUCUUCUCACUCUCCAUAACCGGGAAUAACUACAGCAGCACGGUUAAAUCUACUUGACAGCCUCACUGUCAACGUCGGGUGUUGAAUAAGGGACCAUCAAUAAAUUACUGGUUAAUGUUUUCAAAAAAGGCCGUUUUCCUUCAAUAGCUUCCGUGUCACUUGACCUAAAGACCUAAAAUUGAUUUCAAAUAAUAGUACUAAGGUCGGACAAUAAGACAUUCAUUAUUGGAUCAAUUUUCAUUGUGCGUUCCUUACUCUUUCUACUUAGCAUCACAUGUGCUCCUUGUCAAAAAAGUUAGCGUCAAGCUCUGUCCAAUUAGAUCUUUAAACUUUUAGAUAUUCUUGAUUCCUGUCAUUUUAAGACCUGCUGUCCCAAGUGUAUAAGGCCACUAGGACUUCUGAGCAUUUGCAGGUGAUACCACUCACCUGCCUGAAUACUGUUCCUGUGGUUUCAAUAAAUCUAACUCUGUUUUAUUUGUUAUUCAACAACAUUUAAAUUUAGACUGAAGGUAUAAAAUCUCCGUCUGAUGAAAGGUAUUCUCUUGCUGUUUCUCAGGAGGAGUCAAAGAUUGACGAGGACCUUCCUAAGAAGCUGGUGUUGGUAGAGUUUCGAUCCCUCGCUGUGACUGAAGCCCCCAGAACCAAACCACAAAGGAUGCAGCACAGCGACCACACAAAGAACUUCAAACGUUUCCGCAAGGUCAGACUCCACUGCAUCAGGACCUCAUUAGUCAUUCAGAUAACAAAUUAAAAAUCCCCCUGCAGACUCUGCUGUGUCGUGUGCAGUUAGGCAUUGUUGUACCAGCAGAUGUUUAAUUAUUUUGUCCUCGUCUGAUUAUAAACACAUUACACAGCUCACCUGUUCAUAACAAUAAAAUUAACAUUAAUUUAAAGUAUAAAGAAAGAUGUAUCCACCUGUAGAUAUCUGGUAAAUCUGUUCAAGGCACUAUUUUUUUCCAUGAUGGCAUAUUUAGUUUAUUUUAUGAGUUAUCUUUUUUUGAUUCGAAGCACACCAAUAAGGAAUUGUUGUCCCUCAUAAAUUUCUAUUUUUACAACAUGAAUUUCCAGAUUAUAACAACAUCUACAAUGAUUGGACUCUGUGCUUCUUAAGUCGAAAGUUAUAUUGACGAAAAUUAUUUAUGUUUGUGAUUAACAUAUUUUCAACUGUCUGUCUGAAUCUGGUUGGUUGAUUGCGACAGAUGUGCGUGCCAGGUGCUCGGGGCUCCCCUCACAUCAUCGGCGGCUCGGAUCUGCUGGUUCACAACAGAGGAAGGAACACUGAUCUGGAUGAAUGGCUGAAAGAUGCAGCUGAGGUGCUUUUGUCAACGAACUUCUGGUUUAUGUCUGUGAUCCAUUUCGAGUCCGGCAUUCGUAACCAGAGCGUGUGUUUGUUUCAGGAGGCACGCCAGAGCAAACAGGAUGAGACUGCGGGAGAUGACCUCUUCAGGUGAGAAGUGAACCUGAUUUUCUAAAAGUUUGUACUAACUCGAUUACCCAUCAACUGCAUCCUCUAAAACCGUGACAGGUUUGUAUGCCACAUCUGUCGUGGGUUUAGAGGUGGAGCAGUGAACCCACAGUGUUGUAGCUUCUUGUCAUUGGAUUUCAUAGAUAAUUAGUGAUGAGCUGAGAUUUACUGGAUGCUUUUUACCUGUUUUUUUAAAAAGAGACAACGCCUCUAAUCAGUCAUUCAAAAGUUACAUGAGCAGAAUAUCUCAGUCAUCUCAGGUCACUGAUAAAAUCCGUACAGUUACCUAAAGUGACAGUCACAGUUGUGCCUCUCUCAUUCUCAGGGAAAUAAACGUGUUCUUAUGUCGAACCUCUGACUCUGCCAACAGACUGAAGCAUAAAAUAAAGAUUCUGUCGGUUUGUGUAUCACCUGUUUUUAAUGAUACAAAACAAACAAUAUUGUGCACCAGACUGAAAUAAUAACUACAGUUAGAGGCAAAUGUAAUCUGUCUUUUCAUGCUUUUAUGUUUUAUCUUAUGUCACUUUGGUGUUUCUCUCUGUGAUAUUUAAAUCCUUCAUUCCCUUUUUUUUAGCGUUUUUCCUUCUCAUUAAGAUUCCAGUUCCCCAGUUUGUGUUUUUAUUCUAGUGUUAUGAAUUGGUUUGUCUGGGACGCUAAAAUUUGCAUUGAUGAACCUUUAAUCUUCCCUGCAUCGCUCAUACUGAUAACCUGCAUGCUGUCUAAAAUGAAUUUUCUAUUUCCUUAAGUGAAAAUAUUGUUCAUCUGUGAAGGCUGCGUCAUUAUCAUGAGGUGCAGACAACACAGUUAAUUAAAAUGUAGAUUCGAGCCUCUGAGUUCAGAUUAACCAAUCAGAACAUAGUAAUUCUUUCGUCAGAGAAGUUGCUAAGGUAACAGAGAUGAUGUAAGCUGCUACUGUCGCCUCUGCCACGUUUUCUUUGACUAAGCAGAAAAGAGCCGGUCUGGGAUUGAUUUUAUGUGUGUGUGUGCGUGUCAAGGUUGAGCUGUUUGAUCACCGACUCAUGCUCAGUCAGUCAUGCGAAGCCGGGGAACAGACACUGCUGCUAAGAAAACAAUACGCUAUUUUUUGAGCGGUCUAAAACGAAGUUUCCAGACGUGGUUUAUAGGAAGCCUGUUUGCUUUAAGCUGUUCAAACACUUUGCAUGUUUUACAGCUCUUAAUUUGGGCUCUUUUUAUUGUUUGUUCAAAAGGCCUCUAAGGACAUUGAGGAAUGACCCAUGAGGAACGUUAAAAGCUUGUCCUGACAUGGACAGACCGAUGACAUAAAAUCGUGUGUGCUUUUUAUUUCAGGUACAACCCAACCAAACUCUCCAAGAGAAGAUAAAAUGCCUCCAUGUUGAAAGACUGCAGAGGGAAGUCAUUUCAGGAAGUAUGUCCAUCCCUUCUAAAAAAAGACUACAGAAUGUAUUUCAGCAGUGACACUGCUUUGAUUGAACUAACUCUUUAUAAUACAACACAAUAAGUUUGGUUUGCAUGUGUUGUUGUUCAACCUGUUCCUUUAUUUGUAAUAACUGCAUCCUCCCUAUUAACAAAGCCACCGAAGCAGGAAAUGUAACAAAACUGUCUCAUGUUCAGAGUUUUUUUUCCAACGUUUUAUUUGUCAAUAAUAAAAAAUGCAGCAUACAAAACAUUAAAAACUUGUCAGUUGUACAAGAGAGCAAUAAAACUCCACAUGCUGAAAGCAGCUGUUCCUUCAUUUUGAAGUUAAGACCCAAUGUGUUCCCUGGUUUUGACUGAAUUUGAAAGUAAAAGUAGGAUUCAACUUGAUCCUCUGUGAAGUAUUACCCAUCAGCUGACCCGAUAGGCACUUUUACAGAUCUGAAGUUGCUCGGAUUAGUAGUCGUCAUGCCAGAGGAUCUACACUUAAGGCAAGUGCCAUCCAUGAGCGAAGAGUUUGACAUGGUAUUCGGCGUAGAAAGAAAUAAAAACAAACACCUGUUUACAAUCCAUUUCUGCGUUUUGAAUGGGAUCUUUUGCUCAUUACUUUUAGUAAUAACAGAGCGAUUGAUUACACGUUUUUUACAUGAUUACAUGUUUUUCUGUGUUAACUUGCUUUUAUUCUUUUCAAAAACCUGCACAAAUGUAACCAAGACAAAUAUGGCGAGCAAUUUCUGUUGCACAGCGGCCAUUACUGCGGUGGCAACUAUGCGUCUGCUGCUGCUGCCUGUUGACUGUGACCGCAGGAUAGAUAACCAGGUUAAAAACUUUAGAAAGCUGCAGAUAAAUGGUAACUUAAUCAUUAUUAAGGUUUAUCAUAUUAGACAUCAGUUAAUUUCAACAGCUGGAUCGGGUUCAUUUUAUUUUUAUUUCUCAGAAAGUCGCUCAGAAAAAGGAAAAUUGACUAACAAAUGUAGUUUUCUAGAUCCACUUCCAGCUGUUGAAUUCAUGUCAUGUGUCAGCUCUCAUACAGGAGGACUCUUGUGUGUUGUGCAAAGUGAACAAAAUUAAGGUCUGUCUCCACUGAUGGAGCGCCUAAAACCCUCACCGGUUCUUUCACAUGCUAUCUGCAUCAUUUUCAAAAGAAAAUUUAGAGUAAAGUUAGAAAAGUUAAAGUGUAACUUGCAUUCAAACAUGCAUGUUUCAGGGAGACAUCACCGCAGUAAUGGGGACUUGUUAACUCUCAGUAGUUCAGCGCAUUGUUCUAUGCAAAGUGUGUCCAUCUGAAAGCAAAUGUGGACAAAUGGACACACUUUAAACCUGUUUUUGCUUUAUUAAGCAAGCAGAUUGGUCUUGGAUUUAAGAGCAACGGGUACUAGUGUCAGACCGAGAUACAGCAGGAUCUUAUUUCAUUUUCCUUUAAGAUUAAAAACAAUCACAUCUUCACUUUUUUGGUGACUUGUCUCCUCUCCAGUUUCUUUUUCCUCUUUUACUUUAAAGCUCUUCUCUUCCUCCUGCUCACAGCAGCUGCUGCUGCUUAGGCAGUGGUUCAUGCUUACAUGCAUGUUUUUGAUAUUUUUAUCAAAACAAACAAAAACUAUGAAAGUAUAACUCAGCUGAAAUUCAAUAUUUGACACAUUUUUGCUAUAUGUCAGUUAUAUAAUGAAGAAAAUGUAUACAGCAGUGUGUUUAACUACUAGAGAGAAAGUAUUUUGACCACAGUAAUGUGUUACCCCCUCUGACUCAGAAACUGUAUUUUGAGGGUGCAGAAGAAAAAUCUGCAAAUGGGUAUGAAGGGUGGAAAAUAUGGAGUGAAUGAAAAAAUGGAUUGCUACUUUCACUGCUCCAAACCUGUAAAAAGUCUUAUCUCACACUUAUUGUAAUUUGUAAUUUAGGCUGUUUACUAAGCGACUCAUUGAAAUUUUGUUUUAUUCGCUUUAGUCAGUUUGUGCAAGUUGGGAGCAAAGAAAUCAGUGUUGGUGAAUCGUGAAAAUUUGAAAUAUCUUCAGAGAAGUCUGGAUUUGUAGUUGCUCUGUAGUGUUAGGUAAAGAAAAAAAAGUGUGCGAUGUUAACACAUUACAAACUUUUAAAAUGACUACAGUUAAAUAGACAUUCAAUAAAAAACGUGAAUGAACAGUUUUCAAACAUAGCUUAUAUGUCAGUGUUAAGUGUUAGUUCACAGAAUAGUUCGUGUUAAAUUAAAGUUAUCUAAUCGCAAAAAAAGAAAAAACUGAGCAUGUUUGAAUAGUUAGUUAAAAAUAAAUAUUAAAUUAAAUGUUUUCACAUUUUCUUUCUGUAUAUCUGGAGUCAGUUAAGCCUGCGGCAACUGGCCAAGGUAUAGGGAGGUUUGCACUUACUGGUGUAUUUAUAGUGUCAAGUUAAGAUGAUAAAGGUAAGAUCUGCAUUAAUUUUCACUUAAAUUUAGCCAUGAUGUAAUAACAAUCAGUCCUUCUGUGGGCCGUAAUGGUGCUUAUUCAUCUUUUUUUCUAUCCCUCUCAUUUUAUUGCUUGAGAAAACUUUAAUACCAAAACCAUACCCAUAUUUAGGAAUUAAAGUGACAAACUUCAAAGCAUGGGCUAAUUUAAUGAGAAGUCUCCAAGCCCAAGAAUCAGGCACAGAUCAUUUUUGGGCAAAUAUUAUGUAAAUUAAGUUAUCCCUUAUGAAGUUGAUUCUUAUACUCAAUUUAAACUUUAAAAGGGCUCUUCUUCCUCGUAAGUAGCUCAUACUAAAUGGAAAAAUAACAGAAGAAAAUAUUCAAGUCUGGAUAGGUCAUCCUAUGAAUAAUAUGUAUUUUUUUCCAUGACACUUUCCUUAGAAAUAAGAAAUAAGUAAAGGGUGUCCAAGAAAACAUUCAUAUCUGUAUUUGAAUUGCAUAGAAAGCCUUCCUGUAGUAUUACACCAAAGCAACAGCUUAACUUUAUUAGACUCUAGCUUUUUUAGGUAUAUGGCUCAAACUACCUUCACUAGCAGCUAAAAAAAGACAAAAGUGAAAAAAAUUUAAAUAAAAAAAAACAAAACAUUCAGCCUCAGAACAAUCACGAACACUUGGAUUGCUUAGCUAUGAACUUGGGUCACCCUUCCUCACACCAAUCCUGUGUGCAUCCACUACUACGAACACUCGCUACUUCAUGUUGUGUGACUUUCAGUUCGGAUGAUCUUAACUUUGUGAGGUUUGCCAGAGUGCACUGUUUUCACAUUUAGCUUUAGAUUCAUGAGAAUGACGGUAGUAGCCUUUACUUCAGAGAAGUCUACAACAGCCAUUAAAGAAUUGUUGGCAAGUAGAUUGUGAGACACAUGAGAGACGAAUAAAUAACCCUGAAAAAAAAAAAAAAAAAAAAGGUCCCAUUAUGUCAUGAGGUUACAGUUGACUUUAAAACAUUGGCACAUGGUAGCUUAAACUUUUCUGGACUUCUAAUGGAGUCGGACAAGACUCUUUGAAAGCUUGUUUCUUCUGAAACUAAUUACAUCCACUGUCUUUUUGGUCUUGAAAAGUUGUAAAAAAUGCUUUAGCUUUGAUGAAAAAACACUGCAUCAAUGAUAUUAACAUUUGACACCUCUGGUUUUCCCUUCCCCUCAUAAAUCUGUUAGUUAGAAAGCUUUAACCCUGUGCAUUUUAACCAGCAUGCACAACUCUCCUCACUUUUUCAGAUGAAGUUAUUUCCACCAUUGCUGAUGAGCUUCCCUUUCUUCUUGAGUCUCUUCAGCAGACAGGAGGCAAUGCCCAAAGCGCCCCCCUUCAGAAAGCGAACAAAGUUGUCUCCGACAAGGGGGCCCAUGGCAAACAGACCUGGCUCCUUGGUACACUCAAAAGUGUAGGGGUGGAUGUCAAUGGGGUUCUGCUUGCAGCUGACUGGCUUGGUUGGAUCUUGACCCAGGUACUGUCCAUGCCCCUUCAAGAAAAACAAGUUUGGGUUGGUCCCAAUCAGCACUAGAGCCAUGGAGAUCUUGAAUGCUUUGAGGGAGUUGUUCCCCUGAAUCAAACACUUCAUAUCAGACUGGAAAGAGACCACACAGUGUUCAGGAAAACUGGUGUAGUCAGGAAACAGGCCAACACUGGAAUUACCAGCCAUGUUACCUGCUGCAAGCUGGGGCUUUGGGCACAUCUUGGCACAUACUGAGGAAGCAAUACUCACUGUAUGGGGUCUGUUAGAGGCAGAGGAGGGGGGUACAUUGAUGUAGGUUUGGGAGCACAUCAUAUUGUAGACUUUGUGGUACUCUGGGUACAGGGUUUUGGGCAGCUGUUUGAAGAUGAGGUCUGGGUCGUCUACGUUCUUACGAAAGACGUGCAACACUCUAAUGUUGCUGUUACAAGCACACAGAACUGCAUCUGCAGCACUCAAACCAGCACCAACAACUAGAAUGGGAUCAGACUUUAAAUCCAGUUUUCUUUGGCCUAUGGCCAAACCCAGGUCUGAGAUGCUGUGGAAAACAAAUGGCAGGUCCUCACCAUCCACACCUAAUCGGACUGGUGAAUCAGAUGCACCGGUGGCCAGAACUACAUUCUCAGCAAACACGGAGAAAGGGACAUGAGUGUCGUUCUGCAGCUGUUGGUAUCCUCUCACUUCCCAGAGAGCACCCCCUGCUCCUUUGUUUAGACACUCAACUCCAUUUCCCUCAAAGCCUUCAUUGCCACCAUCACCCACCCCUCCAUUUUCUUGUCCAGUGUGCCCAUUUUCAAGGCCCUCCCCCUCAUGCCCUCGGCAGAGUUUCUGGACACAGGUCACGUAUGUGUUGUCAGCAAAGUUCUUCUGGAGGCCCUUUAGCUUCACAUAGUUACGGUAAUAAGAUGAGAUCUCCUCAGGGGUAGCUCUGUCACUGGUCACAUCCCUGCAGAGAAAGGGGACAAGUAUAGGAAAAGCACUACAGAAUAAAACCGCUCAUUGAACUACGUCCUGCAACAUUGUCAUCUUUCAGUACCUGCGUUUCCCAUUGGUCAAGUCUCUGUAGUUCACCCCAGGCAGCUCCAUCCAGAUACCAAGACUGAUAGUCAGCAUGGAUCCUUGCAUUGCCUACAAAGGGAAGUGCAGAGAUAAAUACAAGACAAAAGUACAAAAGAGUUGAUUGACAGAAAAUAUUGAUCUCAACAAGGAUUGCUUACAUGCCAAGCUCCCCCAGGUGUUGCCCUCCCAAGCACCAGAUGUGGGAUGUGAUGCUGCUUUUCCCUCCUCCAUUGGAGUACAGGGGGGAACUCAUAGCCAAAGUCAGCAUUGGGGUGCAGUAGUGUGUCAAAAAGGACAGCCACUGGGUUCCCUGAUCUCCCCUCAAGACCUUCGCUCAAAUAUUCCAAAUCCUACAAAAGAAAGUAUCCAUGAUACACCUGACCAUGAUCACAAAUCUAAGCACAAGGAAUUGUAGAUGUGGUUACUUGUUCAGUGAUGGGUAGGUGCUUGGUCUCCUGGAGUUUCCUGUAGAGUAUUGGGUUUGGGUGGACAGUUGCCGUAUCCAGGUAAGGCUUGUAUCCACUGAGAAGGUAUGACAGACAAAUUCCUGACGGUCCAUUCCCUGAAAUGAAGGCAGAGUGAGUGCAACAUUGGACAGGCCUUACAAAGGUUUGCGUGAUGUUAUUUGGUAAACAGAGCCAAGUGUGAGAGACAGGGGAAAGGCAGGGGAAAGGGGGAAAAGUUUACCUAUGAUGACCACAGGGACAGUGGGUGGGUGCUCCUGUGGCAGAGUGGUCUCUUCCAGAAGAGGCAUGGCUACAGCCUGGGCCAGAGCCGGCUCUGGGGAGGAAUGAUAAAAAUAUGAAGAAAGUUCUAGACAUUUCUGUAUCCGUCCAAUGGAUAUUCAAUUAAAAGCAGAGGCCCAUUUGUGCUUCCACUGCUUUCAUGUUUCUAGGUCAGAUUAUUUGAGCAGGUUCAAACCGGCUUGUUCUCUUUGUGUCUGACAAUGUUGUUGUUGUCUCAUGUUAGCUUAGAUCCUGUGUCCGUCCACCAUCAGCUGACUAAAACACGCACACUGAACAACCUUUAUCCAUCCUGUUAUUGUGCUUCCACACACAGCUAUGACCCUCCCUGUCUGUCUGGGGCUUCACACACGUGGAAACACCCCGCCACAACACUACGUUCCUCACUGACUUUUUUUCUCUACUGUCCCGCCAAUGUCCAUACACACCCCUUGUCCUAUCAAACAAGGCCUGCGGCAGGGCUAGCCUGUGUUAACCCCGGUGCGCUUCCCAAACAAAAGGGAGUCCUAAUCAGAUUUAUGUAGGCUUCGGUCUGUUGUGAAACGUUGCCGUUGAGCAUGUGUAGUGUGUGUUUGUGUGUUACACGACAGUGCCUUUGUGUGCCCGCCGGGCAGCAAAUCCCCCCAGAUCACUCCUCUGA